AUGAGUUAAUAAUUUACUUAUUAUUCAAAUGAACUAUGUUAAAUACAUCAAGAACCAUGUACUAAUAUGUGCAUCAAUACUAAAUGUCUAUAACCUUUAUGUCCAGAAUGUAUUGAAAUUCAUUUUAGAGAACACAAAGAAUGUCAAAUUGAAAGUUUGAAAUCCUGUAGAACUAAUUGUUCCAAAAAAAUACGAUCUUCAAUAUCAGAAAUGAAUUAGAUCUUGUCAUUAUAAGAAAUGAAAACUAUUGAAAACUCUUCAUAAUAUAUUGAACUCUGUAGAGAAUCACUUUAACAAUUAAAAUCAAAAAUAAUUGAUAAAAUUGAUUUAUAUAAUAAAAAGUUACUUCAAGACUUUAGUACUAAUUUGAUCUAAGCAUUUAAAGUAAUAUUAUUCUUUAUUUAUAUAGGAAUCAUAAAUUAAAGAAGUUUACAAUAGAAUCAAAAAUUUAAUUUAAUAAUUAGAUGAACUAGGAACUAAAUUAGAAACUUAAAGUGAUUGUUAAAUUAAAACUAUUAGAAGCAUUUACUUACUAAAUACUACUUAAUUAAUUUAAUCAGCUAAUUAAGAGGCUUACAAAGAAAUUUUGAAAUUGAGUAAUUAUUUUUAAUUCAUAAAGAAUUUCCAUUGUUAGUUGUCUCUCAAAAUUUAAAUUAAAAACUUGAUGAAUUAUUUGCAUAAUCCAUUUAGAUACAAUUUAAAAAAACAAAUACAACUAUGUUAAAAAUUGAAGAGAAAUAACAAUUAAUUAAUCAACCAAUUAAUAUUCAAGAUGUUCCAUCUUUGGAUUAGACACCAUUACUAUCUUAGAUAAGUGAAAUUUAAUAAGUUAAAAAACAAUCAGAAUUCACUAUUACAGUCGAAGAUUAUCUAUUACCAAGUGUAUAAAAUAAAGUCCUUCAUUAUUUUAAAUAUAAUAGUAAUGAAUUAAAUUUAAUCAAUCUUGAUAAUCCAAAAGAAAUGAAGAAAAUUAACUUAAAAAUACCCUUCUAAAUUCCUGUUUUUCAUUAAUCGCUAAUUACUAAAACUGGCUAAUUAUAUCUUAUUGGAGGAACCACAAUUGAUAACAACUAUCCUAACACUAAAUCAAAUGGAAUAUAUUUACUUGAUAAAUAUUCUUUAGUGAAUGUUGGGUCUCUCUUAAUCAGUCGAUCAUCCCAUGGUUGUUGUAUUGUAGGGGAUUAUAUUUACUCAAUAUCUGGACUUGGAUAAAAUCAAACUUUAGAGAAGACUUGUGAAAGAUAUAAUUAUAUAUUAAGAAAAAGUGAGUCAAUCUAGGAUUGUUUAUAUCCAUCUAUAGCCUCUUGUUGUGUAAAUUAUAAUAAUUAAUUCAUAUACAAAUUUGGAGGAUUGUAUGAAAAAUAGUAAAUGAAUUUUAUUGAGAGAUUUAAUAUAAAAGAUAUGAUAUGGCAGGCUAUUGAUCCUCAGAUAACAAAUAAAGAGUAAAUAUCAUCUAUAUAUUCAAAGUAUUCCUUUAUUUAAAGGCCUAAAGUAAUUUGCAGCUGGAGUGUAAAUCUCGCCUAAUUCUUUGAUGAUCUUUGGUGGUUAUGAUGAAAAUACUGUUAGUUCAAAUCAAUCAUUUCUUUUUACAAUCAAAGGUGAAAAUCAUAUAUUGCAUAUGGUGAAUAUCAAACCUCUAAAAAUACCAGGAGGAUUUUGGCAUUAAUAAUGCAUUAUUUAUAAAUAAGAAUUAUUUGUCAUAUAGAAUUAGGAAAACAAAGAUGGGGAAACUAUGGAAACAAAGACCAUAUUAAGAUUUAAAGAUAGAUGGAUAAUAUGCUGA